CAAAGCUGCAAGGACGGAGCAAAAGCAUACGGAUGUGGGGGUCAAUAACAUCUUAUCCCUGCGCUCUCUGGACCUAUUUGCUUGCCAUACACGUGUGCCACACACACGAGCAGGUGCUGCUACUUAUCGCGAGCAGCAGAAAACUGGUCGACAAUGGAAAGGGAAGGACGCGUGAUGUCGACGAUCAACCCACCGUCACACACCACAGUAGACCCGCAGCAAUGAGCUCCUCCUUUCCAAAAUCUGACUCCACAACCUCGUUGCUGAAAACAUCGUCGAGAAGAUCCACGCACGUCCACGAACGCACGGCAGAGAGCCGGAGAAGUCAUCAUCAGCACCAUCAUCACCGUCCCACCGCCGCCGCGCUCCAAAGCAAUGGAACCACCGUUGAGGCUUUCUUGUCGGCAGACAGCGACGUCAGCUCCCGGAGACCGCUGUGCCACCCUUCGCUCAGUGGCAACCGCGACGGAGUUGAAUCCGCGCGGGUCAAGUGUCGACCCCACGCGUCUGACAGCCACCUCGACCACCCAGAGCCUCACGUCGAGGAGGGCCGUGGAGUGAGGGAACGCGGCGCACACCGACACCACCGCCGCCGGAAGCACAACCGCGAGGACCGAGUGUCCGCGCCCGGACCGCCCGAACCAGAGCCACCGCCACAGCCGGAGCAUCGCCGUCGUUGCCGUGAAUGCCCUCUCCCGAGGAUGCCCUCUCUCUCGGACAUUCAUGACGACAGGACACCCCUGUGCGAUCCGCGGGAACAGAAGAGGGGCGGUUUGACGAAAAGCGACGGCCAGGCCAGUAGGUCCCCGCCGUCAGCCAGCUCCCCGGUGCCGCUGUCCAGCACCUCCUCACGCCGCUCCCGGAGGUCCAGUGCUGCUGCUUCUUCUGCAUCGGAUGUUAACCUGCGUACUGUCCUCAAUUCACUCUUUGGCCAGGACAGAGAGCUACGUCCAGAGGAAAUGGAUGAGUUGCGGGACGCAUUUAAAGAGUUUGACAAGGACAAGGAUGGUUUUAUCAGCUGUAAAGACCUUGGAAACUGCAUGAGAACUAUGGGAUACAUGCCUACUGAAAUGGAGCUGAUCGAAUUGAGCCAGCAGAUAAAUAUGAACUUGGGCGGUCAUGUUGAUUUUGAAGAUUUUGUCCAAUUGAUGGGUCCAAAACUCCUCGCCGAAACUGCAGACAUGAUAGGAAUAAAGGAAUUAAAAGAUGCCUUUAGAGAAUUUGACACAAAUGGAGACGGUGCAAUAAGUACGUCUGAGCUGCGAGAUGCAAUGCGUAAGCUUCUGGGCCAUCAGGUGGGUCUGAAUGAAGUGGAGGAUAUUCUGCGGGAGGUUGAUUUGAAUGGAGAUGGGCUCGUUGACUUUGAAGAAUUUGUACGAAUGAUGUCACGUUGAGAUCAUAGAAUGAACACUCUUGGAUGAGAAGCCUCACCCCGCGCCAUACUUGAUCGAGUUGAGAAGAGGAGACGUUAAGUUUUCUGAGCCAUUCAAAUUUUGACUGAUACUGGAAUUUCAACCCCUUGAAUGUUCUGGAGUGAAGAGUCACCUCAAACUUUCAAUCAACAAGUGUUCUUCCUGAAAUGUCUCCAGUCCUACUGAGGCAGAACUAGCUGUAGCUUAGCUAACGAUUGUACAUUUGUUUUUGCACUUUAACUCUCACUUAAUCAUGUCUUGUGUGCAUAGAUUGCUGGUUUUAUGUCUCAUCUUCUCCAUGGGGACAUUAUUAGAAAAUACUUUCAAAAUAUUGCCUUCUGUUAUAGGUUGGAUGAAGGCAAGGUAUGACAAUAAUUCCUUGUAGAUACAACUUUAAAGACUGAGUGGGUUGUUAAAUGUGUAGACCAUUUAUUGAAUGAAAAAUGUAUAUGUGAGAAGUCCUUUCUGUGACAUUGGUGCCCCACUUGGGAGCCCCUGUAGCAAUACCACAAAGUACAUCUGUAUCAAACCUGUGUGUGACCAGCUGGUCAUUUGUCACUAUGCCAGUCUAGUGCUAUAGCAUCACUCAGACAGACAGUCACACGAAAUGUACAAAAAACGAACCGUGAGCUACUUAGCAUGAAUGUUAUUCCUGUAAUCAGACCACAAAGCAGUUGCUACAAAGUACCUCUUGGAUCUUGAGUUCCUGUUAAAGCUGAAAUCUAGACAACCAAAGUUCACGCCAUCUCCAUCCUGUUGUGGGUUUCAGCAUGUGCUACAGUGAGUUUAGAACAUUUUCACAUUUCACAUUUUCACAAUAAUUCCAUUGCUCACAGGCUCAAAUUUCCUGAGUUGUCAACCUAGCUUUGGUAACACACAAUGUUGGAAUGACGUGUGAGCAGUAGUGAAUGUCAGUGUCAAUAUGAUUGUAAUUGUGAAAAGUCUCUCAAAUCUGUGUUGUUGAAGCAAAUUCUAUGCAUGCCAAAGAGAGAAUUGUGUGCCAAACGCACAUUUGGAUUUUGGGCUCGUACAAAGUAGAAUAAAUGCUGUAUAAACAUUUUGCCAAGUGGAUUGUGCAAAAUAAAUGUCAUUGUAUUCAA